AUGGAAAACCAACGCACCUUUUUAGUGAUGCUCGUAAUGGCAACACAGUGCUGUCUUGGAGUGCUAUCGUCACCUGGACAAUUGACUGACUCGUGUGUACUUCAAAAAUACCAGGAAGAAACACAAAAAGGAUUUGCCAUCGCCACCGAAGGAGCUUUCAAUUUCGUGGAGACUAAAAUGACUGAACGUAGUGAAGGAAAUAAGAAGGUUUGCCAAUAUAACAGUUAUGAAUUAAUGCGGGUCAAGGACAUAAUGAUUGGUGGAAAUAAGAGGGGAUUGUAUAGUGUUCUCGAUGCACUUGCCAGUAAAGAACCUUCUCCGACGGAUGGAAUAAGCAGAAACAUCAUAAAAUCUGCGGUGACUGAAGUCGUUGAUGGUUUUAUCGAAACAUGGAUGGAAAUAUUAAAUGCCUACUGCAAAGACCAAUACAGUAAGAAUAAUUCCCAAAUUCUGGAUAACAUAAAAAAAAGACGGGAUACCGUUCCUUCCGGAAGCACUACUGUGGUCAAGAGCCUUUUCAUGACAAGACGAAAUUACCAAGCACUCCAACCUGGAAUGGAAAUUGUUUUCAAUAAUACCGAAACUAAAGCAAUUGCAAUCUGCACGAGAGCGCUUGAUCAAAUUUAUGUUGGAAGUUUGAUGAUGUUCAAGACCUUUUUUGGAUCUGAUUCUGAUAGUGAAGAUUGUUUCUGCACGUUGUACGAAGCACUGAAGAUUUCACUCAAGUCAUUUGCAAGUGAAACAAAUACUUUGUACGAAUUAGUUAGAUUUUACGCUUCUAUCAUUUCCGAGAAACGUGAUAGCUUAGUUGAUGUAUUCUCUGUUAUACAAAUGAGCCAAGACCUGAUGCUGAAUAGAGUACAAGCUGGUCUUAAAACGCAGUUCGAUGCAAUGGAUUUAAAGCUGAAAUUAAUUUAUGGAAUACUCAACAAUAAUACUGGAUGUGAAUCCUGCAAAUUCGACAUGGCCGAAGAGAAAACAAAAUCUUACUUCAAGGCAGCAUUAGAGGCGUUUCUACAUGUAGUCUCAUUAAUCAGCAGGGAAACUGAAUCGACUGCUAUGGCUACCCGGUUUUCGGUAUACGAUUCAAUGAAUAAAGUAUGCAGCUCCAUUUUCGAUGUACUGAGAUUCAGCAAAUCUACAAGUGAUUCUAAAGUACAAAAUGUGUAUAAUUUCAACAGAAAUUUAUCUUUGUCGCAAAUCAAAAAUCUGCAUGAGAUUUUAGGCAUGGCAAUUAAAAAUGGACAAACGUACCCAGAUUAUAUGCAAGCUCUCUUAAACAAAUACAAGAUCAGUGCAGCUACGGGAAUACAGAGCGGGAUGAUUCAUGUUUACCAUGGACUUGAGAUCGUGAUGGACGCUGUGCAAGGAUCCGGAAAUGGAUAUAAUGAUAGUCAGGCUCUGAUCGAUCGGUGCCAUAUGGAUGCAUACUUAGAAUUAGAAGCCCAGUGUGAAUGCCUGUUCAAUGAACUGCGAUUAAUUGCUGUAUAUACUUCGACCGAGGAUCGUCCAAGCGUAAUGAAUAUUUCUCAGAUUCAAAUGACCGAACAACCAACUUAUUCAAAUAUAUCCACGGGUAUCGACAUUAUUUUCAACGAAAUUCUCACCGCCUUGAACAACAUUAAUUCUGGUAAUUAUUCGUCGUCGAAUCAUUCCAUGGCAGCUUCAACGGAUGCCUUCCAUAAAACAGUAAACGAACUUAUAAAGGCAGCAGACAUUACUUUGACCUUAUUUUCAACUAUGAAUUCUGGAGCUUCAUGGACAGUCGAACCCACACGGAAAGAAAUGACGGUUUUGUUGAGGGAGUCGAUUGAGGCUAUUUUCGAGGCUUGCCAAUUAGUGCAAUGCCAAAAUUGUGAAGGACUUCAGGCUAAAAUUGAAGAGCUGGAAAAACAAGCAACUUCGAAUUACACAACUGCAAUUGGAAUCAUAUUCAAAGUGAUUAUGCACGAGCAAAUGAACGGUACUCGAGUGAACGUGAUUAUAGAACAAUAUAUGAAAAAAGCAUUGGAAAAAUGUCAAUAUUCGUACAAGAAUGUAUUCGAUGCCAUCAGAAUUCUCGCUGGGCAGAUUUUCCCAGAGAGCAGAAUUGCAAGCAACACAAGUGUAAUUCUUGUCAAUAACAUCCGAAGUACUUGCAAGACCAAUGUGGAAGAUCGAGUUUCUUUGACGUGCCAGGCUAUGCAAUUCCGCAUCGCAAGCAAUCUCAUUGGACCGAGAAUUUCCGAUGGUUUCUCUGUAAUAGAAACGCAACGUCAGAAAGCUCACGCUGGUUUCAACGACGGAUUUAAUGCUUUUUACGACGCGAUCCACAGCAAUACCUGCAGCCCAAAUUGCAGUGAAACCGCUACGAUCGAUCGUACUGAAAAUAUGACGCACAUGUCUUUCAAAAUAAUGAGUGAAUCUGCAUUUUCCCUAAUGAAAACAGUCCUGUUUGGAACAUCUUCGACUGUAGCGACCGUUCAGGGCUCAACGUACGCCGCGCUAAGAACAAUGGUUUCGAGUAUGUUUUCUAUAAUUAGAUCAAUCUAUCGGAAUGAACGUUCCGAAAUCUUGGCGGAAAUUGAUAUCAUGCAAGCUAUGGCAGUCUGUUCAGCUCAAGCUGUGAUUAAAAGUUGGUAUGUACCGUUCACUGGAAUAUCAUACCACCAGGACAAUGCUGAAAUGAGAAACGAUCUUAAUAAUACGAUAUUCACAUCACUCAAUAUAUGCGAAAAUGUAUUUGCAACUACGUUCAAUGAAAUUAGGCAUUAUUUGAGUAUGAUCUCUCCCGACACGUGUUCUGAAUCUGCGUGCAAUUCAAUUACAAUAGAAGACCAAAAGACAACCACAAAACACCAAUUCAAACCUGUUAUUGACUCUGUGUUCGAUAAUAUUCUAAUGACGUUUGUUACUCAAAAUGUCAAAGUAUUGCCUGGCAAAAUGAUAAUUAUAGAUACAAUGAACGUUAUUACAGACGAUUGA